UUCCAACUCGCAAUUAAACCACCAUCACCUCCACUGCCUCUUGUUGCUCUCCAACACAACAGACCUCCUCAUCUGUCUUUUCAUCUCAUCUUUGCUUGUUGUUCUUGUUUUGCUCUUUCCCUGUUGUUCACCCCUGCUCACGUCACCGUAAUCCGGGAGCUAGCGCUUGGACCCGUCCAUGUCCGUGGCAUCUCCUGCUAGGUAGCUACAGCUCCCGCUUCCUCGUCUUGCAACAUUCCAGGAACCCGCAUAGAGAAAGGAGGUCGACGCCUCCUGCACUAUCAUUAACCAUGUCGGUCAUCGCUGACGGCGCACCGCGACAUACGAAUCUAAAUCUCACUCCAGAGGAGAAGCGCGUCUUCUACCAGCUCUUCCAGGCCGCUGAUACGACUAAUCUCGGUGUCAUCACCGGUGAGGUUGCGGUUCCGUUCUUCGAGAAGACGAAGCUUCCACCGGAAACCCUCGGACUCAUAUGGCAGAUUGCGGACAAAGAGAAUAGGGGUCUCCUGACCCCGUCUGGGUUCAGCGUCGUCCUGAGGUUAAUCGGACACGCUCAAGUAGGUCGUGUCCCUACAGAAGAAUUGGCGUUGCAACCCGGCCCCUUUCCCAAAUUUGACGGAAUCGCGGUUGAUAUUCCCCCAAGUGCUCCCCGUUCUGAUGCAGGCGCGGGUAGUCCUCCCCCAGGAGCGACUGGCUCCGUUCGGGUUCCUCCCCUGAACCCGGACGACGUUGUCAAAUUUGCAUCGCUUUUCGAGAAAUCGGGUGGGACUAACGGUAUUAUUUCUGGUGAGGUCGCAAAACACAUAUUCGAACGUGCGAGAUUACCCAACGAAAUCCUUGGCCGGAUAUGGAAUCUGGCGGAUACCAAGCAGAGAGGUGCUCUGGAUGCCACCGAGUUCGUCAUUGCUAUGCAUCUCUUGACUUCAUACAAGUCAGGCGCGAUGAGAGUUAUUCCCCAGACCCUACCUCCAGGGCUGUACGAGGCCGCCAGCCGAAGAGGUUCACUCCGGCCCCCAGGCAGCCCACGGUCUGGCUUUGGCGCUCCAACUCUUCCUUCCAUUCCAAAACAGUUCACUGGGCCGCAGCGGACGCAGAGUCCUAUCAAUCGACAGCAAUUCUCCUCACCGCUCUCUGCACAGUCGACUGGCGGGGACUGGCUUGUCACUCCUCAGGAAAAGACCCAAUUUGAUAGUAUUUUCGCUACCGUCGAUACAGCUAAAUCUGGGUUCCUUAGUGGCGAUCAGGCUGUCACAUUCUUCAUGAAUGCCCAGCUGCCCGAGGAGACCCUAGCUCAAAUCUGGGACCUGGCUGAUAUCGAUGCUGACGGACAAUUGAGCAGAGACGAAUUCGCUGUUGCCAUGCAUUUGGUGCGUCUAGUGCGCUCUGGUAAGGAGCCGCUGCCCCAGGCGAUCCCGCCAGCAUUGGUCCCUCCAAGCAUGCGCCGUCGACCACCCGUAAAUGUUCCAUCGACACCAGCAGCAGUACCUGCCCCAGUUUCUGCUCCUGCCCCAGCUCCACACUCCGCCGCGGAAGACCUUUUUGGCCUUGAUGCAUUCACGGCACCUGUACCGGCACCUGCAGCUCCCUCUCAGGUGCCGCAGUCUACUGGGGGCUCGAAUUCACCAUUUGCUCCCCCUGGGUCGCCAUCUACAAGAGCACCUCAACAUAGCCCGCCCUCGAACUUCAAACCCUUUGUCCCUACCUCCUCUUUUGGCCAGAGCUUGCAGCCGCAGCUCACUGGACAGAGCGUCCCGGCUCCCAAACCUGCUCCUUCGGCUUCAGAGGAUCUGCUCGGUGACAAUGAUCCCGAAGAAUCCAAGAAACUUACUCAGGAUACAGCGGAUCUUGCAAAUCUAUCUAACCAGAUAGGUUCUCUAUCGAAGGAGAUGCAUAACAUCCAAGAGAAACGAACAUCCGCCGAGCAUGAACUAUCACAGACUUCCCAACAGAAGCGUGAUUUUGAAACCCGACUUUCGCAAGCAAGAGCUAUGUAUGAACAGGAAGUCAAGAAUUUCAAGGCUUUGGAAGAGCGGCUCAAAGCUUCUAAAGCUGAAACUACCAAAUUGCAGCAAGAGUAUGCCUUGCUUGAUGGAAGUAGACAGGAUUUACAAAAUCAGUAUAAUCAAGUGUCAGCUGCUUUGGCUGCAGACCAGCAGGAAAACGCAGGUCUUAAGGAGAAGAUUCGCAAAGUUAACGCUGAAAUUGCUCAGUUGAAGCCGGCUCUCGAGAAGGCACGUUCCGAUGCCCGUCAGCAGAAGGGUCUUGCUGCCAUCAACAAGAAGCAGCUAGCUACGGUGGAAGACGAACGAGACAAGAUUCAGAGCGAGAUAGACACUAUUUCGAAGGAAAAUGAGAGAGCUGAAGAGGCUGUGGCGCCGGCAGCUGUUACUAGCCCGGCUGCAUCGACCACUAGUCAGAACACGAACCCUUUCUUCAGGCGGACCGUUACUGCAAGCUCAAGUGACUACGGUUCGCCUCCAGCAAGUUCGCCUGACCAGCAGGCGGCUUUUGACAACCUCUUCGGCCCGGCGUUUGCACCACCUGCCAGUGUAACUCCCCCACCCCCAAUUUCUUUCCGUUCUGCAUCUCCGUCGGUGCAGCAGUCUAGGUCCAAGUCUCCAGUAAGUCCUGGAGUACUAACGCCCUCAACGUCGCCUCCUCCCGCUAGUUCCGGGCCCUUUUCCGAACCUGCAUCACUCGCACAGUCUAGGCAGAUCACACCACUUCCGUUUGGUGAAUCUCAAUCAGUUGCUGCCUCGGCUGUAGCUGCGCUGCCCGCAAGUGGCGCGGCAACUCAACAGCCAUUUACUGCGGCAGCUUUGCCGCCGGUGGUCACCAGCAGUGGAACGGAGCCUAGCCAUGAAAGUGCUACUGCCCAGCAGCCGCUGCACGAGGCAGGGAAAUCGGAGACAACGGACUCGGGGAUCUCGGCCGCCACUUCUAGCCAAUCUGGGUCGGCUUUCCCAAGUCUCAGUGAUGAGAAGCAGGGCCAGGCAAAGGACCCAAGCUUUGAUGAACUAUUUGGCGACCGUGCGCGCGAAAGAUCACAGUCUCAGAGAGCGAAAGACUUCGAUGAGGCUUUUGCCGCCAUAGAUCAUGGUCCAGCGAAUGGCAAACCCCAUGGCAAUGCAACCGCAGCCGAUACUGAAUUUCCUCCCAUCCGGGAACUAGACAAUGACGACGACGACAGCACUGACAGUGAGGCACCGAUGGGGUUCGAUGACAACUUCACACCGGUUUCCCCACCACGAGUCCAGGGAGAUCUUGGAGCCAAUUCAAUCGACCAGUCUCAGUUGGCAGCAUUUCCUAUGCCCAACGCGAUGACUACGGAACGGCCUCCUCCUGCAGAUGCUCAGACAAGCCCACCUAAGUAUACUGAGGGUAACCAAAAACAGGAAGCGGGGUUCCCACCUGAGUUCGGUGGCCUUCUUCCAAGUCGUACAGAUCCUACUGCCCCUCCUGACGCACCUCAUUCUGUGGAGUCAUCUACCGGUGCACCAAUCGUUCAUGGGGAACCGCAACAUGACACCCUUAAAGAUGAUGGAGCCACUUCCAAUGCAAAGAAGUCUACUGCGCCCGAUUUUGAGGCCGCCUUCGCUGGCCUUGAUCUAGCUCCAGCGAAGGAGACGGAAGAUGAUGACAAGGAUUCUGAAUCAGGUGACAGCAACGGAAACCCCGCGGAUUUUGAGUUCUCAUUUGACUCGCCGCCACAGUCUAAAACUGGUACUCUGAAUUCUCACUCUGGUCAGGCACCCCCGUCGGGCUUCUUCGGUUUUAAUGACAACGCCAAUGGCUCGCCUUCUGCAUUUCCUGCGCCAGCAAAUCCAAAGCCAGUCGAGCAUGAUUGGGAUGCCAUAUUUGCACCGUUAGAAAACGCCAAGUCUCCUGCUGCUGGAUCUGCAGGAGCAGAGACUGGAACCUCAAACGACAAGUCAGCUCAGCCUGCGGCUUCCGAUCCUCGAGAACCGGGAUGGGCGCUCGCCGCGGACGGAGAAGACGAUCUGAUUCUUCAGCGGUUGACCGGCAUGGGCUUCCCACGUGACAAGUCUCUCGAUGCGUUGGAAAAAUUCGAUUAUAAUCUUGACAAGGUGAGUUUUGUCCCGUUCAUUUUCUAGAUCACUUAUCUGGAUGUUCUUGUACGCUAACUAACCGGAUAUCCAUAGGCUGUGGAUUAUUUGACUUCAAACCCAUAAUUAUACUACGUAUAUUGCAUUCCUUCUUUUGCACAUUUAUCCCCCUCUCCGUCUCCCUCUCUUUCCUUUUUUUUUUUUUUUUUUUUUUCUCUCUCUUUCUCUCUCUUACGCCUGCGCAAUUCCUACAUAAUCCCUUUACCUGUGUAUAUUCUUGGGAUAUUCUUCGUUUCACUUCCGUCUCUUUUGUUGAUCUGACCGUGACUAGUAUAAUAUAUGAGACCCAGUCCCUGGCGAGUGUGAUUUACUAUACAAACAUCCCAGGUGCCGGCUGGAGGCCGACAAGAUACAGUGCGCAGUACUGUACUCUACUGCAUGAAAUCUGCUUCUCUGCUUUAUAUGUGAGACACUAUUUAUUGCAUCAUAAAUAUAAAUGACAUAGUUAGAUAUAAUUUUCGA